AAAAGUCAACAAAUCCUUAACUUAUUUAAAAUCCUCGUUUAAAGAAUUAGAUAUAGUAGCUAAGCAAAUUACACCGCAAGGUACAUAUUUUGGCAUUCAUUCAAGAUUUAAUAACAUUGUUGUAAUUGUAUCAUCACUUGAUGAUCAAAGUGUGCAAACCUUUGUAGAAGUUGCCAGACGAUAUGAUGCAGAUAUAUAUUUUGACAUUCGUUCAACAAUUACUUCAGCACACAUUAAAAGGGAUAUAGACACGAGAAAAAUAGGCCUCAUGUUAUUAUCUGGAGGUGGUAUAUAUAAUAAAGUCGAUGACUUCUUUUGUUCAGUAGGUUUUUGGGCAAGAAGUAAAAAUCGAAAUCAAGCAUUACUUAUAACUGCGGGUCAUUGUUACGGGGAUCAUCUUAGUAGAUCGAGAAAAAAUUUUUACACUAUGGAUAAAACCAAAUUAAUUGGCGACUUGGUAGAUCAUUCUACAUCUCCACACGACUUUGGCUUAAUUAGCGUAAAGAGAAUGAGUAAAUUACUUCAACCGUCAACGAACAUAAGAAAUGAUAAAAAUGCUUCAUAUGUUGAAUUAUUUGUCACUGAUGGUGUUCCCGUAUCUAGCCAUGGUGCGCAUUUAUGCAGGGCUGGUGUCAUGUCGUCAGUUUCUUGUGGUUAUGUAGAUGCGUUUGAUGGGAUUUUUGUAAAUGAAUGGGGAGAUUAUCAAACUGACAUGAUUUUUGUAGAUAAGAUGGCAUCUAUUGGUGGUGAUAGUGGGGGGACUGUAUUUUCUUUUUCUGAUUUUUCAAAAUUGAGAUUAGUAACUAUUAAUGGUAUAUUAAUAGCGAGUUCAAGUAAUGAUACAUUACCUAUAUCUCCUUUUAGUCUGGUACUACCUCGAGAAAAAAUUCUUAACGAUACUGAUUUAGAACUUAUUACUAGAUUUUAA